AUGCGAUACUUUCUGAGGUUCAUUGAGCUUGAGGAAGCCUUUGAUAAGCAUGGUUUCGAGAAGAAGGUGAAGAUCCGUCUUGCCAACCCUGGGCGCCCAGUGUCAGCAACCUGGUCACGCAAGGACGGUACUACCGGUACCAUCAGCUUUGACUACAUCGUUGACGCUAGUGGACGCAACGGUAUAAUCUCCACCAAGUACCUCAAGAACAGGAGGCUUAACGAAGCCCUGAAGAACAUCGCCAACUGGACUUAUUGGAAGGGUGCGAAGCGUUUCAGCCCUGGAGAGAAGAACGAAAACUCACCAUUCUUCGAGGCCUUGUCAGAUGGCAGUGGCUGGAAGAAGGAGACUGGGCUCAGUGGUGCUGAGUUUUACAAAGAGUACUUGAAGAUGGCGCCGCAGAUAUACGACAUGGUUCAAGGCGCAGAGAUGACAUCUGAUAUCAAGCAGGCCAGUGACUGGUCUUACAGUGCUGGUGCUUAUGCCGGUCCUCACUUCAGACUGGCAGGCGAUGCAGGCUGCUUCAUUGACCCUUACUUCUCGUCUGGUGUGCAUCUUGCCCUUACUUCCGGACUCUCAGCAGCUGCUACGAUCCAGGCUUCUAUUAAGGGCCAAUGCAAUGUGGAGAACAAGUCGAUCCAGAAGAAAGCCGCGGAGGGUGUUGAGUUUGCCCUCGAGACCAUGAAAGCGGAUAAGAAGACGAGCGAACAGGCGAUCCUCGAAAAGGUCCAGGGGGCACGAGAUCGUGUCGAGGAGAUGGAGAAGCUCAACGAGGAGGAGCUCGCCACCCUCGGCGCCAUGGUGCAACGCAAUCUGAAAAUGACGGCUAACGCACAGAGUCUCAAUGCCAUCGCCAAUGAUGUCAUUGACGGCCUCUCAAUUGAUCUGGUGCGCGGGAACUUGGGUCUGGUGAAGAGGACUAGCGAAGAGGCGACUGUGACAGGCAAGGCCUCCCUCAUGACUUCCGAGCAGAUGGACGCUUUGGAGCUCAACCGCACAAUUACUGUGGACGCGUCCUAG